GCUGGAGGAAGGAUUAUCACUAGCUAAGCAACCGAGUUACCGACUCAUCCGCGCAUCGAGUGAGAAAUCGCCUUACGAGGAAUCGGAGAUGGAAUCCACGAUCCUGGUCCGCGCUGGCUCCUUCCUCGCAUCGCCGAGGAAGGACGGAGUGCGCCAUUCCGGCUCGGGGGACUCGUUCCUCAGGCGACGGUGCACCUCCGCGCUCCAUUUCGAAACGGAGGGCGCGUGGAUAGGACCCCUCCUUCGGCGCUCCAGAUCGGAGGUCUUUCUUGCCCGAUCGAACUGUUCCCCUCGUGCCGGCGUCAGGGCCCUGACCCCGGCGGCGAAGGUGGAGGAGGAAGGUGUGGAUGAUUUGGCGGUGAAGUGGUGUGAUCUGAGAGCGUCGGUGCCGAUGAGACCGCAGGGAGCGCUGGUGGAGCAGGAGCAGGCGGAGUAUGCUGACGGUGGGAGUACUGGAAAAGGGAAGAAUACCGGCGGAUCAGGUAAGGGACGUGACGGCGAAAGCUGCGAUCGGGAUGACAACAGGAGGAUCUCCGACUAUUACCAGCAGAUGCUGCAGAUCGAUCCUGCCAAUCCGCUCCUCUUGAGGAACUACGGACGAUUCCUGCACGAGGUGGAAGGCGAUGCGGAAGCUGCGGAGGAAUGCUACGGGCGGGCGAUCCUGGCGAGCCCACGGGACGGCGAGGUGCUCUGUCUCUACGGGGAGCUGCUGUGGGAGAUUCAUAGGGACGUAGAGAGGGCGAAAGCAUACUUCGAGCGGGCUGUCAAAGCAUCCCCAAACGACUGCUACGUUCUGGGUUCGUAUGCUCAUUUCCUGUGGGACGCAGAGGAGGAGGAAGAAAAGGCCAGAUAGAGGGAUCCUCUUUUGUAGGUAUAGGCUUUUUGAAUGAUGACGCUGCACCCGAUCGUUUUAGUGACGUAAUAAUAAUUAUGUGAAUGAGGAAGUAAAUAUUUCAAUAAAUUUAAUUUGUUCCGUUC